AUGAACAACAACAACCGUGGUGGAAACAAUCGCGGCGGACACGGCCGUGGUGGAAACCAUAAUAAUAAUGGCAAUAAUAGCCACAACCAUAGCAAUAACAACCAUAAAAAUAACGUCAGGGUAGUCCAUACAGAUUCGGGAAACUCCCAGACGCCUUUAGGUAGACAACAAGGUAAUAAUCGAGGUAGAUAUAACAAUAACGGGUAUAUCCAAAAUAAUGGUUACUACGGAAACAAUAACUAUAAUAACAAUAACUACAUGAACAACAACAACCGUGGUGGAAACAAUCGCGGCGGACACGGCCGUGGUGGAAACCAUAAUAAUAAUGGCAAUAAUAGCCACAACCAUAGCAAUAACAACCAUAACAAUAACGUCAGGGUAGUCCAUACAGAUUCGGGAAACUCCCAGACGCCUUUAGGUACACAACAGUAA